AUGGAAGAUAAAAAGGGGAAAUUUUCAGUAGUCGGCGGGUUCACUGCCUGUACGGCGAAGUCUGUGAAUCAACGUUCCGAGCAAACAAUGCAACAACAAAAAAGAAGCGUCGAAUCCCAAUCCGACGUAUUCGCAGUCACCCGAAGAUGGGGGCGGGAUGACGUUCGCAAAGAUCAAAUUACAAAAUCGAUGCUCAGGAAGAUUCCAGUUGAGAAUCUAGCCGCACACUUAAACUUCUGGUUGAAACUCAACACUCCUUUAUCCCAUUCAGACUUCACUAUUCGUAUUAUUCCGGUUGCAAAACUUGAUGCAAACUCAUUGAAGGAGUACCUGUUAGAAGUUAUUACAACAAUCAAAUACUGCGGUGGUCGACCUAUAUCAAUAAUCUGUGACAACUGCCCAUUAAAUCAGCGGAUGUACAAGAACCUAGCCACGGUAUUGUUCAAGUGCCAAACGACACAUUGCAUAUGUAUCUGGUUCUGCAAAGACAGAGUGUUCCACUUGUAUGCAAGGUGUUUGAUGGUAAGACUGUUAGCAGUCUUUGAAGCAGUUAAAGACAAUUUAGAAUUUCAACGAGGCACAGUAGAAUUUUUCAAGUUAAUAACAAGUUGGUUCAAAAUGAUGAACGUCAAAGAUAGAUACAGUUACAUUAAACUCAGAGACGACAAACGAGAACCCUGGAAGUUUAAUUGCGAAAGUUUCAAAAAGUUGGAGUUCAUUUGCAAUGUUAUUAGUACGUGUAAGUGGCAAGAUACUAGAAAACGAUGUCAUAAGCUUACCAAAUUCACUGCCGACGCCUUUGUGGUAACUUCAAAAUUCAACAUAGCUGCUUCAACAGAACUUCUCAGUGAUCAUCAUUUCAGGUACGUUAUUCCAGCUGUCUUUUCCCAAGAUCCACUGGAAAAGUUCUUUGGGCAAGCGAGACAGCGUUUUGGAGGUAAUUUUUACAUAGAUAUCAGUGAUGUCAUAGCUGCCGCCAAUGUACAACGACUCCAUCAGUUAUUGAAACUGGAUAUCAUUCCUAAGGACGAUGCACAACGUGCAUGCAUUAACUGUACAGCAUCACCAGAUGAACAAGACUUGGAGAUGCUGCAGGAUAUAACAACAGAAGACACUGAAAAUUUGAUACAGUCUGACAAUUGUCUGAAACACAAAAUCAUUUUUGUUGCGGGCUUCUUAACAUGUAAGUAUCAGCAACAUUUAGGCAACAAUGAUGCUGAUGACGCACAAGACUUUACUCUAUCUAGUGACUUCACUCAGCAGCUGGACAGAGAAGGAUUAUCAAUUCCAAAGUUGUCAACUGUCUACCUUGUUCAUAGUGCUGUUCACAUCAUCAGCAAACUUAGUCCACCGAAGGCCUCUUGUCGUAAAUAUGUUUCAACUUUAUUAUCAUAUGUCGACGCACCGUUAUCCAACAACACCAUGGCCUGCCGUUCACUUGUAAACAUUCUACUUAAGGCUCAUGUUAUCCAUCAUAGUGACAGAGAGCAAGAACUUGGCUGUUUGAGACGCAGGAAAAAGUUGCAAUGA